CAGAGUUAUGCCAAGUAUGUGAGGAGCCCGCGAGGGCCAGCGCCGGUCAUGGGGAGCCGCCGUCGUCGCCGCCGCCGCCGCCUCCGCGAGCGCAAAUUUUUCCCCAACAGGGCUCCGUCCUCCUCUCGCAGCGGGGGCGAGCCUGGCUGUUGAGGCGGAGGGGAUGGCGGACCCUCUGAGGAGGACGCUGUCCAGGCUCCGUGGGAGGCGGAGUCCCCGCGCCGCCGGGGGGCUCGGGCUCCGGGCGGCGGCUGCAGCUACGGUGGCGGCCUCCGCGGUAGCCGAGGGAGCCCCGGACGCCUCCUCGUGCGAGCACGCCGGCGGAGCCCGGCCGAGCCUGGAGCGGCCCCCGCCGUCGCCUCAGGCGUGGGGCCCCGAGGCUCGGGUCCCGGGAGGGCGCCCGGAGCGGUGGGGAGCGCUCUGGCCUCGGCCGCGCGGCGGGAAGGAGGCCGUCUCUUCGGGUGGCGGGCUCACUCGCGCCUCUCUGCGCGCCCCGCCGGGCUCCGAAGGCAGCGGAGAGGACGACGCCGAGCAGGAGGACGACGCCGACUACUAUGAGAACGUGCCCGGCGGCUCCCAGUCGGCGCCCGAGCCCGAGGGGGCGGAGGCGGAGCGGUGGCCCCCGCCUCCCCCGGCGGCGGGCUCCUCCCCGGGGGCGGAGGGCGGCCGCCUGGAGACAGGCAGGCUGCAGACCCAGUUGCGAGAGGCCUAUUAUCUGCUGAUCCAGGCCAUGCACGACCUGCCCCCUGACUCGGGCGCGCGGCGGGACGACAGGGGUUGGGCGGAUCGCGGCUGCCUUGUGGGAGCCCGGGCUCUGGGCCAGCCGCCUUCCGCCUGCGGCGCUGCGGACCGCCGAGCCUGCCCCCGAGACUGGCAGCGGGGAGGCGGUGGCCGCCCUUGGCAGCAGGUGUCUCCGCCCCGGUCUCCUCCGAGGGAGUCGGGGGGAGGCCGCCUGCGGACUCCUCGGAUGCGGCUGUCCUGCAGCAGAAGCCUCGAGAGCCUCCGGGUGGGUGCCAAGCCUCCUUCUUUCCAGCGGUGGCCGAGCGACAGCUGGAUCAGGUGCGGCGCGCGCGGGGACCUGGACGAGCCCCCGCCACGUGGAGGCGGGAUGGACGGCUGGAGCGGAGGCAGCGCCCCGGCCGCGGCCCCCUCCGGCCUCCGGCCUCCCUGCUCCAAGGACCCCGGCCGCUCCACGGGAAGCCCCUUCAGGGAUCCUGCGGGGUCAGCUGUGGCACGCAGCCGCAAAGGAGAUGGCCAGGAGGGGCUUCCCUUCCUCAAGCCUCCUGCGGUGACAGUCAAGAAGCUGCAGAAGUGGAUGUACAAAGGACGUCUGCUGUCCCUGGGAAUGAAGGGUCGCUCCCGUGGGACAUCCCCCAAAAUCUCUGGAGCGCAGGCGAACCCUCCAAAUCUGGGCGCCUUGAAAAUGCGUGAAAGCCAAGUCCUCUCCGUGCCUCCAGACCAAAGAAUUACGCUAACAGAUUUAUUUGAAAAUGUCUAUGGGUCUUCAGUGAAGAGAAGAGAACUUGAAGAUCUGAAGGAUAAUAUUGGAAUCAGAGGUCAUAAGCCACUUAACAGCAUCACUGUGUCAAAGAAACGCAAUUGGCUAUAUCAGAGUACUCUGAGAUCUUUUAACCUGGAAGAAGAAAAUAAGAAAUGCCAAGACAUAAGUCAUUUAUCCAUCUCACCUAAACAUCAGUUAUCACGACCUUUCCUCAAAUCAUCUGAAGAAUAUUGUACAUAUGUGGUGUGUAAUGCUACAAAUUCUUCAUUAUCAAAAAAUUGUUCUUUAGAUUUUAAUGAGGAAAAUGAUGCAGAUGAUGAAGGAGAAAUAUGGUACAACCCCAUUCCUGAGGAUGAUGACUUUGGUAUAUCAAAUGCCUUGAGUUUUGGUGAGGCAGACCCUGCUGUUCUGAAGUUUCCUGCUGUUAGUUUGAGAGUAUUGUCUGGUCCAGACCUAAUGAAAGCAGAACAGUACACUGAAGGCUUGCUGUACUCUUCAGAACACAGAGGCAAGGUUCAUACAUCACAGUCAAAUGAAGUGAAUCCUGUUGAGUCCAUCCACUCCACAGAGCUCGUGCGGCAGUACAAGCAAGGGCUUGGACACAAGACACAAGAAAGAAUAAUGGUAGAGGAGAGUCUCAUGUUGAAAUCUCCUUUUGCAGGUCCUGGGAUCCUAGGUGCUACAAAUAAGACUGAAUUGGGAGCUACCGAAUUAUCUUCUCCAAGCCCUAGCCCUGUGAAAAAAAGCAGUUCAAUUAACUGGUCUUUCCCAGAUAAAAUAAAAUCUCCACGAACUGUGAGGAAACUUUCCAUGAAAAUGAAAAGGUUGCCAGAAUUUAGCCGAAAGCUGAGCGUUAAAGGAACUUUGAAUUACAUGAACAAUCCAGAUAAUACUCCUUCCUUGUCUAAAUGUACCUGUCGAGAAAUUCAUCAUGCCAAUAUUCUACCUUCUGGGAACACAACCACAGCUGCUAAGAGGAAUGUCAUAAGUCGGUACCAUCUGGAUACCAGUGUAUCUUCUCAGCACAGCUACCAGAAGAAAACAUCUGUGAGUUCCAAGUAUUCCUGCAAAGGUGGUUACCUCAGUGAUGGAGAUUCACCUGAACUUAUAACUAAAUCUAGCAAACAUGGAUCUGACAACAAAUUUGGAAAGGGAAAAGAAAUAAUUCCAAGUAGUUGCAGCAAGAGUGAAAUAGACAUUGAUGCUUUUAGACAUUAUAGUUUUUCUGAUCAACCUAAGUGUUCUCAGUACAUAUCUGGGCUCAUGAGUGUGCAUUUCUAUGGUGCUGAGGAUUUAAAACCACCUCGGAUAGAUUCAAAAGAUGUCUUUUGUGCAAUUCAGGUAGAUUCAGUAAACAAAGCAAGAACAGCUUUGCUCACAUGUCGGACAACAUUUUUAGACAUGGAUCAUACUUUCAACAUAGAAAUUGAAAAUGCGCAGCAUUUGAAAUUAGUAGUAUUCAGUUGGGAACCGACUCCAAGAAAAAAUCGAGUGUGUUGUCACGGAACUGUUGUUCUCCCCACCUUAUUCAGAGUGACAAAGACACAUCAGUUGGCUGUCAAACUUGAGCCUAGAGGUCUUAUUUAUGUGAAAGUGACUCUUCUGGAACAGUGGGAUAAUUCUCUUCCUGGACUGGCUAUAAAUCGAGAACCAGUAAUAUUUGGUGUUGAUAUUCGAAAAGUUGUAGAGAAAGAAAAUACAGGACUGAUGGUGCCACUUCUGAUACAAAAAUGUAUUAUGGAAAUUGAAAAGAGAGGCUGUCAGGUAGUAGGCCUGUACCGAUUAUGUGGUUCGGCAGCAGUCAAGAAAGAACUUCGAGAGGCUUUUGAGAGAGAUAGCAAAGCUGUUGGUCUGUGUGAAAACCAGUACCCAGAUAUAAAUGUAAUAACAGGUGUUCUUAAGGACUAUCUAAGAGAACUUCCUUCUCCUCUGAUAACAAAGCAGCUUUAUGAGGCUGUAAUAGAUGCAAUGGCAAAAAAUCCUUUGAAAAUGUCAUCAAGUGGAUGUGAGAAUGACCCAAGUGACUCUAAGUAUACUGUUGACCUGCUUGAUUGUCUGCCUGAUGUUGAGAGGGCAACCCUAAAGAUGUUGCUGGAUCAUUUGAAAUUGGUGGCUUCUUAUCAUGAAGUGAAUAAGAUGACGUGCCAGAACCUGGCUGUGUGCUUCGGACCGGUGUUAUUAAGUCAGAAGCAAGACACUAACCAUAACAACAGAGUCUUUACUGAUUCAGAAGAACUUGCAAGUGCUUUGGAUUUCAAAAAACAUAUUGAAGUUCUUCAUUAUUUACUUCAACUCUGGCCAGCGCAACGUUUAACUGUCAAAGAAUCAACAGAUAAUUUGUUCCCAGAGCAGAAGUCUUCUCUAAGUUAUUUGAGGAGGAAGAAAGAACGACCUUGCAUGUUAAAUUUGAGUGGUACUGAUUCAUCAAGAAUACUUAGACCGAGGCAAACCAGAUUAGACAGUCCAGUUAGCAAUCGGUAUGCAGGCGACUGGAGCAGCUGUGGAGAAAACUACUUUUUAAAUACAAAAGAAAAUUUAAAUGAUGUAGAUUAUGAUGAUGUUCCUUCAGAAGACAGAGAAAACGGAGAAAAUUGUAGCAAAAUGUAUGGACCAGAUAUAAUGAUUGAACAGCCAGUACCCUUGUCCGAAGAGUACACAUUUCAGACGUAUUUGACAAUGCAGACAAUUGAGUCUACAGUGGACCGAAAAGUCAAUCUCAAAGAUCUACAGGAAAGUAUUGAUACUUUGAUUGGAAAUCUGGAGCGUGAACUCAACAAAAACAAGCUUAAUAUGAGUGUUUGAGAUUGAGAGGUUUUAUUUGCUUUUUUGUAAUAUUUUAAAUUUUAAAUCAAUCUUUCUCAUUUUCUUAUACCUCUCACAAUGGUUUUAUUUUUUUACUUUUAAAAAUUCCAUUAAUUUCUAAUAAGUUCAUGUGAUUCCAUUAAAAACGCUAUCAUUAAUACAAUUUUUACUUAUCUCAAUAGAAAAUUUUUCUUGGGGCAAAGAUAACUUGGACUUGUGGAUAUUUUAACAAAUAUGGCCAAUUCUGUGGAGAUGACUUUUAAAUGCACUUACAAGGUUCAGAUAAGUUAUUGGCCCCUCAUGGUUUUUGUACUUUAUAGGAACUGCUCUUUUGUAGCUGAAACAGGUGUUUCUUUCAGAGGAACGUGGUAGCUGCUCCGUCUGGUUUGCGGUGUGAGCCCAUGUACACUGCAGCAUCCUUUGAUCAUAUUUCAUUUGCAAUGCAAAUGCUGCUCUAAAAAAACUUUUUAUAAAUAAAAGUAAAAUUAUACAAAUAUUAAUGUAUUCUUAUUAGCGUUCAGUAAUUAUUUAAGCUUAUGAAAACUAAAUAUUUUUAUAAACCUGAAACGUGUAUAUUUGUAAGUGCAUAUAUGGAUACAUGUUAGAUUGAGAGGAGGCAUGGGCUACAGAAUCACAUGUAUGUUUAAAGUAUAUAUGUCAUGAGGCCAAAAUUAUUAGCUUCAAAUGUCUUUUUCAGGGAAAGAAUAUUUAAGUUAAAGGAGGAGUUCUGUAGAAACACUUGAACCAAAACACUAGAGGCAUCUGAAUAGAAAUAAUAGACUUUCUUUUUUUUAUUCACAGAAAGUCACAGUAUCCCUAGUGAGAAGUCAUCUUUUAAAUUGAAAUUCUCUAACUUCUUAAGGGAUUAAGUGCCCAGAUUUCUGCACUAGUGAUUUACACUUCAAAAAUCUUUACCUAUUCUAUGCAUUUUUAUGUUCUGCUUUUUUAAAACAGAGUAAUUGUGCUUUAAAUGUAUUAUUUAUUUGUAGUAGUACAUUGAUAACAUUGACUUUAUAAUUGCCCUCAUAUGUAUCUAAAGAAAUCUUGCCGGCAUAGUCCAUGUUAUUGAUUUUUAAAAAUAACUUAUUUUGGCUAAGUGUAUCUACCAGAUAGGCAUUAUAGCAGUCACAGCAGUGUUUGAAACAUGUAAAUUUAGAAGACUUUUUAUUAAAUUGGAAUGUAUUUUUUUAAACUUUUAUACCCACAGAACAUGUAAUUUUAAAAUUAUAAAUAAAAUUUGAAUUACCAACUUAAAGAUGUAGCAGCCAGUAGAAAACACUUCUUGAUGUUUUUCUAAAUAUUAAAGUAUUUAACUAUUUCUAUGUUAAAUAUACACUGAUAAACAGAACACCUUGUUAUUUAAUUUGAAAACUCAAUUGUUAAAAAGCCAGAUAAAUAAUUAUUUUUAUAUGAAAAUUUCAUUUUUUAAAGCUUUGUAUAACAAUUCAGAAGAAUACCAAAAGAAUUUGUGACAGGUAUAUAUCUAGAGUAAACAGUCAAAAGAAAUGUACUUUAAAUGUUUUAUAGGAAGACUUUGUUUGCUAUAUCAUGUAUAUUGUAUGAAUUGAAUAAGUUGUUCCAGAAAUGUAAAAGUUUUAUUAAAGAAUUAUAACCUUGGUGUCAUGCUA